GCCAUUUUCAUCUUUCUUUUUUUAGUUCCUUCUAAUAAAACCACAAACCCCAUCAUCCUUUGCGAACUUCUGCUUGUAUGACAAGUCGGAUGUACAGGAGUGAUUUUUUUGGACUUCGCCGUUGAAUAAGACUAGAGAAACAUGCCCGGAGUCUGAACAAUGGCAAGCGUAGGGAUGAGCCCGAAGGACGAGAUGGUGGCGCGGUUUCUGGACGCGGCCGCCAGAGGGGACGUGGCGAAGGUGUCAGCGAUGGUCGCCCAGUCCAGCUCUUUGGUCGACGCGAGCGGGGAGAACGGGUGGACGGCGCUGAUGCUGGCUGCCAGAAACGGGCACGCGGACGUGGUCAACACCCUGCUCUCUAACGGGUGUGACAAAUCAUUAGCAAACCAAUCUGGUCAGACGUCCUACGACAUCGCCAGAUUCUGGGGACACAAACAUAUAGCCGGUCUUCUGGCUAACAGCAAAGGUGUCGACAGUCACCAUCUGCUGCCCGGUAGCAGCACAGAAGGACACGAGAACUACUUCAGCCGAGAGUUCCUGGACAGGAUGAGCGAGAAGCGGACGGACGGCCAGUGGCUGCAGGCGAAGCAGUCCUCCCCAGCGUCCGUCUUCAUCCUCUUCCUCAACCUCAACCCGCUGGUCACUUCGGGGGCUGAGGAAACGUCCGAGAGCAAGGCGGAUUUUAGACUGUGUCGGCUUCGCUGGGGGUCCGUGGAGGAGCUCGCGACGAGGCCCGGGACCACGCUGAUCUUCCUGGGGGUGGAGAAGCAGGCGACGCCCCCCUCUCCGUCUCCGGCGGGCGACGAGGACGGGCUCACGGCGUGGUUCGCCCUCAACACCGACAGCGACCCCACCAAAGACCUGCGACUUUCAAAUCCCAACGGUUUUUUCCUUAAGCCGUUCGUGCCACGACUUUUACAGCUAAGUUCAGAUGAGGCCGGGGUUGUUGCUCAAGCCAGGUCAGUCCUGGCCUGGCACGACCGGUACAGCUUUUGCCCCACCUGCGGGGGCAGGACCAAAGUAGACGAGGGGGGGUACAAACGGACCUGUUUAAAAGAGGACUGCAGGAGUCGGCAAGGCAUUCAUAACACGUGCUAUCCUCGUGUUGAUCCAGUCGUUAUAAUGCUGGUCAUUCACCCGGAUGGAAACCAGUGCUUGCUGGGAAGAAAGAAGGCUUUCCCUGCAGGAAUGUUCUCCUGCCUCGCUGGUUUCAUAGAGCCCGGCGAAGCCGUUGAGGAUGCUGUGAGGAGAGAGGUGGAGGAGGAAAGUGGUGUCAAAGUGGGUCCUGUGCAGUACGUGUCCAGUCAGCCCUGGCCAAUGCCGUCCUCUCUGAUGAUUGGAUGCCUGGCCGUCGCCGUGUCGACGCACAUAAAAGUAGACGAGAACGAAAUUGAAGAGGCUCGUUGGUUCACACGGCAACAGGUGAUAGACGUCUUCACAAAGAAUAACCAACCAACUUUCACCAUACCACCGAGGCAGGCCAUUGCACACCAGCUGAUAAAGCACUGGAUUGGUGUGCAUGCUAACCUGUAAGCUCUAAUGGUGUGCACCAGUGGUGGGUACAGGUACUACUGAUUUACUAUUGAGAAAUUUCUGAUUAGCCAAAAUAAAAUGUUGAGUAUAUGAAUAAAUUAUUCUCUGUUCACAGCAAUAAUAAUGUGAUUAACUGCCAGUUAUACCAGCUGCUGAAUUUACAGAACAUUUUAUGCAGUAGCUUGAGACCUCAAAGUGAUUUAUCAGGGAUGGAAUAAUACAUCAAACUCAAUGAGAAAUGUAACUUGUUUUGCAUUGACUGAUUAAAAUAUAUCUCCCUCA